UCAGUUGUCCACUGCCAACCAAUUAAUCAUUGGAAAAAAACCCUCUCAUUGGAACAAAUAUAUGAAUUUUACAGUCAAACUCGUCAACUGCCACCAAUUAAUCAUUGGAAAAACCCUUUCAUUGGAACAAAUAUAUGAAUUUUGCAGUCAAACUCGUCAACUUCCAACCUAUUAUAUAAUCAUUGGAAAAAAGCCCUUUCAUUUGCAACUUCCCUCCUUCUGCAUUCAGAGAGAAGAAAGCCAGCCAUGGCUUCAACAUCUCCUCUUGUCGUGUAUUUUGAGAAGGUGGGGUUCGAAACCGAAGGAGUUAAUGGGUUUAUGAGCAAAGUUAUAGAUGUUAACGAGGCCAGGACUCAGUUGCUGUUCUCUGUUCCAAUGAUCCUCACCAACAUGUCGUAUUAUGCUGUUACCCUCGUCGCCGUUAUGUUUGCUGGUCAUCUGGGUGAUGUUGAGCUUGCUGGCGCUACUCUUGGCAAUUCUUGGGGGACUGUUACUGGGUUAAGUCUCAUGGCUGGCUUGAGUGGAGCUCUUGAGACUCUUUGUGGUCAAGGAUACGGAGCAAAACAAUACAGAAUGUUGGGGAUAAAUUUACAAUCAUCGAUUAUCCUGACUACAUUCGCUUCAAUUAUCGUAUCUAUAUUGUGGUACUUCUCAGAACCGGUAUUACUUUUGCUGCACCAAGAUCCUAAUCCUAGUGUAGCGAAAAUGGCUACCAUCUAUUUGAGAUUUCUGAUACCUGGACUAUUUGCCUACGCCUACCUACAGUGCCUAGUGAGAUUUCUCCAGACUCAGUCACUGGUGGUUCCUCUAGUUAUUUGCUCUCUACUCCCCCUUGUUUUCGAUGUGGGAUUAACAUAUUUAUUUGUUCAUACCUUGGGCCUCGGUUUCAUUGGAUCACCAUUGGCUAGCUCAAUAUCACUGUGGAUAUCAGUGUUUAUGUUGGCGAUAUAUGUCAAUUAUUCAGAGAAAUUUAGAUACACUUGGGAAGGAUUAUCCAUGGAAUCAUUCCACCAUGUGCUUCCUAGUUUGAAGCUGGCAAUAUCCUCCGCAUUAAUGAUGUGUUUGGAAUGUUGUGCUUUCGAGAUUCUAGUGUUGCUGGCUGGAUUGAUGCCGAACUCUGAGAACAGUACUUCACUUGUUGCUAUGUGUGUCCAGACGGAAGCCGUUGCGUACAUGAUCACAUAUGGAUUUAGUGCAGCAGUGAGCACUCGAGUGUCAAAUGAGAUGGGUGCUGGAAACAUCAAGAAGGCUAAGAACGCCAUAUCUGUCACGCUGAAGCUCUCUUUCUUUCUCGCUCUCACUUUUAUUCUUUCACUAGCAUUUGGCCAGAAGAUUUGGGCCAAAUCUUUCACCAAAAACGCCAUGAUCAUUAAAGAAUUUGCUUCGAUGAUUCCCUUGCUCUCGGUGUCUAUACUGUUGGACUCAGCACAAGGAGUUCUAUCAGGAGUGUCUAGAGGAUGUGGUUGGCAGCAUUUAGCAGCUUGGACCAAUUUAGCAUGUUUUUACUUAUUCGGCAUGCCAGUGGCUCUCCUCUUUGGAUUUAAGCUCGGGUUUUACGAUAAGGGAUUGUGGCUAGGUCUAAUCUGUGGGCUCUUUUGUCAAGCAACAACUCUCCUCGUGAUCACUAUCCGUUCAAAGUGGACUAAAUUGGAUUUGGUAGCUCAGGAUGAAAAAAUUCGGCUGCUUGUUUAGCUGGAACUAUAUAUUAUCAGAGAGUGGUAUAUAUCGUAAGGUAUUAUUGGCUUAGAUGAUAAACCAUAGGGAUUUUUGUAUGUAAACAGUUUCUAAGUGGAAGAUUUUUGGGAACAUUUUAUAUGAAGGGCAUGCUUCCCUUGUUUCUCAUAUGUUACUUUGAGAAAUGUUUGGGUACCUUCUUCUUUGUUGCAUUAGAAUGUUCAUCUCUCAAGUAGUAGUACCUGAUCUUAAUUGUAACAUGAUCACUCAAAAAGCUAUAGAGCUCCUAAGUGAAAAGGAGAUUUUGUACAAUUUAUAUAUACAAGUAUUCUGAAUUAGUAUGUUGUAUGUAGAAUACUCUUGUUCCGAUGGGAUACAGAUACGGAUAUUAUGAAUGCAAGUGAGUAUCUCAACUCGUGUCCAAAUAAUCAGAUUAUGUAUUGAUUGAACAAUUUCAAUAUUCGUUCAUUUUCACCUUAGAUUAGUGGAUGUGAGAUCCAUUUUUGUGAUCCACCA